AUGAAAUCCUUUAAACUUAUUGUUCACCAGUGCAGCUUCAGCCCUGUAGAUUUAAUAAUAAACCUGAAAGAUUAUCCUGGAUUAAAAGAAAAAGAUAUAGUUGAAAUCUAUCAUCCUGAAAAUGAUUAUCCUAGAUUACUCCUACAAGUGUCAAAAGUGGAAGCUCCAGGCCGAGCAGUAAAGGAUACUAUAAGUGUAGAGCAGAGCAUAGCAACUACGUUUCAACUGAGAACUUUUGCCGAUGUAUAUGUGAAUAUUGUCAAUAUAGCUGAUGUUGCAUUGGAUUCAGUGGAACUAACCUUUAGAGAUCAAUACCUGGGACGAUCUGAAAUGUGGAGAUUAAAAAAUAAUUUAGUAAACACAUGUGUGUAUUUGAAUAAAAAAAUUGAAUAUUGUGGAGGAGCUAUCCGAUGUCAAGUUUACGAAAUGUGGUCUCAAGGCGACAGAGUUGCCUGUGGCGUCAUCACUGAGGAUACUAAAAUUGUGUUUAGGUCUUCAACUUCAAUGGUCUACCUGUUCAUUCAAAUGUCUUCAGAAAUGUGGGAUUUUGAUAUUCAUGGAGACUUAUAUUUUGAGAAGGCUGUGAAUGGUUUUCUUGCUGAUCUAUUUGCUAAGUGGAAGAAAAACGGAAGUAAUCAUGAGGUGACAAUAGUAUUGUUUUCUAGAACGUUUUACAAAGCCAAAUCUUUAGAAGAAUUUCCACAGCACAUGAAAGAAUGCUUACAAAAAGAUUACAGAGGCAGAUAUUAUGAAGAUUUCUACAGGGUGGCUGUACAAAAUGAAAGAUAUGACGACUGGUCAAAUGUGCUACUGCAGUUAAGAAGAUUAUUUACUGAUUAUCAGAAAAUAGUUUUGCAAUAUCAUGAGAGACCAAACAUGGAGAUACCAACUGCUAUCAACUCUACGGCUGCACAAGGAAAUUUUCUUGAAGUACUCAACAUGAGUUUGAAUGUCUUCGAAAAACAUUACUUAGACAGAUGCUUCGAUAGAACUGGACAGUUGAGUGUCGUGAUCACACCUGGGGUGGGGGUGUUUGAAGUGGACAGGGAAUUGACUAAUGUGACAAAACAAAGAAUAAUUGAUAAUGGUGUUGGCAGCGACUUAGUUUGCGUGGGAGAGCAACCCUUACAUGCUGUGCCUUUAUUAAAAUUCCAUAACAAAGACAGCAACCUCAACUCGAUUGAUGAUUAUUCUAUGCCUCAUUGGAUCAAUUUGUCAUUUUAUUCAACAAAUAAAAAAGUGGCAUAUUCCAACUUCAUACCGAGAAUAAAGUUGCCACCAAGGAAAAGUCAGGAGCCCUUGAAAAAAAUGUAUGAGGAUGAAACUAAGGGAAAACUGUUAAAGGAAGAUGAAUAUAUGCACAAUUCUAUUUUCGAUUACGACGCAUAUGAUGCACAAGUGUUUCAGUUACCUCCUGCACAUAGCACAUGUGUCCAAAGAGUUCCUCGCACAAAGAAAACUUCUGUUGCUGGUUUGGAAGGGAUUAGUCGGAAGAGUCCGCCCGCUUCAAUUGUACACCAUAGAAAAAUGUCAGACCCAGAUAUCCAUCAUAGCCUCGCUGAUAUGCUGACUGGUGGAAGUAAAUAUGGCGUAAACGAGUCUAGCAGUGACACAACCGAUUCUCCUACAUCCAUCAAUCGGCUGUCUCCAAGAAGUUCAAUCUCAUCAAAUAAACCCGUCAUUCGAACUGGAAGAGCUCUUAUCAAUCCAUUUGAUCCUUCACAUGUCAAAGUGAAACUUACAAGUAACCGAAGGCGGUGGACGCAUAUUUUUCCAAAAGGUCCAAAAGGUGUUCUUAUCCAACAACAUCAUUAUCAAGCUCGGCCGGCCGGUGAACCUGCGUCGAGGAACGACGACAACCGCUGCGAAAAUAACAUUGCAAAGGAAAAUGGUUUAUCUAUCAUGAAUAACAAUCAUUCCGUAUAUCAAGUUGAUGGUAACAUGAUGAGCAAUCGUAAGCGCUUGAUAAGCGCCUCAGGUGCGCUUAGUGUACUGGGAACUGCUACAAGCGUUUUAGGCACAGGUUCGAGCGGCUUGAGCUCAGGUUCCAGCGGCUUGGGCACGGGUUCGAGCGGAUUGAGCACAAUAUCAAGCGGUUUGGGCACGCCCACGACCACAUCUACAACUAACAAUGCAUCGUUAGCGUUGCUUUGGGGAGCUACUGGUGAACAAGAGUGGACACCAGCGCUUACUACAGGCGUGGACUGGAAGUCACUAACGAUCCCGGCGUGCCUUCCUAUCACCACUGACUACUUCCCCGACAAGCGGUCGUUGCAGAACGACUACCUCGUGUCCGACUACAACCUGCUACCCGACGACGUCAAUGCUGACUUUGCUCAAAAUCGAGCUAUUUAUAAGAAACCACUCACCACCGUGGAGGUGUUUAAGGAGUUGGUUUCCCAAAGAUUGGCACAAGGCUUCCAGCUGAUAGUAGGCCUAAACGAGAACGAAGUUUUAGAAGCUCACUGUCCAUCGACACCAGCGCCACCGCCAUCUAAAGUGGCUCCUCAGUGCGGAAAGCUGGCCAACUCGGCGCCAACAAAACGCUACCUGCUCUCCAUCGGCAGGAUAUUCCACAAGCUCACUCUCGUCGGAUCCACUAUCACCGUUACGAGAUAUCGGCCCAGGCAUCCGUAUCCCCCUUUCAACAUUCACUAUCGCUACCGCUUCCACGCGCCCAAUCACGACACAUACGAGGUAUCUUGGGUGUCUUUCACCACUGAGAAGCUCGAAAACUACAGCUGGAAUUACAUGGAUCAUUAUAUUUGUACCAGAGGUGACACAGACUUCGCACUUGUUGAGGCUCUCAAAUACUGGCGUUUUAGGACUCUGCUUUUGCCGCUGACUAAUCCAGCAACCAAACAAAUAUUGGAAGACGAAAAAACGCAUUGUGACAUCUAUCCUACACCGACACGACAGGAUUUGGACCAACUCACCGAUGGUUUUCUUAAAAUGACCGAACUAUACUUCAAUAAGGUCAAAAGACCUAAUAAGCAGAGGAUGGCGCUGGCGGGCGCGGGCGCGGCGGACGCGGCCCUCACGCGCCGCCGCCACUCCACCUCCAUCCUCACGCGGAGCGCGCAGCAGGGCGGUGUGUCGAGCUCUCCGUUCAGAGAGCGCGUGGGCAGCACUCGUCUGCCGGACCGUCCACGGCUCCGGAUCGAAGCUAUGGCUGCAGCUAAAACUGUCCUCGAAAGGACGCAGUCGCAAACUGGUGACACUGAAGAUACGUAUGAUGACGGAGUAAUAGAGCCAAAGUUAAAAGCAAAUUCUAGCCUGUCUGAAAUAAUAGAGCGUAUGCGUCAUCCAACAUUAGGCGUUGGUUUCCUACAGCAGACAGUGAGUUUACCUUCUCAGGCCUUCGUCUCAAUAUACGCAAUACAUUGGCUACAGGCCAACAUGGAAUCAAUGACUUACGAGAAGGCUACCGCUAUUAUGGAUAAAAUGCUACAAGAGAAAAUGAUUUGUCACGCCUCGGGCGACACAACAAAACGCUUCGUAGUUGGAUAUUACAUGUAUCAUAUUUUGCCGCAGAAAAAGGACAAAGAAUCAACGGAGUACGUUAAGCCGCUAGGUGACUUGCAGAGCUUCGAGAACGAGUGGAUGGAGGUGGAGGUGUUAGGGCCACGAUCGCCAUUGCUGGCCCCGGUGUCGGGCGGCGUGGACAUCGCGGGCGCGGCGGCCGCGGCCGAGCUGAGCGGCGCGCCCGCCUUCCUCUGCCACAACAUCGACCCGCGAUACAUGGACCACGGCGGCGACAGCGACAUGCCACUGUACAAGAAUACUCAUCUAGACAUUGAUGUGAAUAAUAAAAGCGAUCGCAUCGAGUGGGGACACGCGCGUUAUCAAGCUACGUUCCGACCCGACCAAGCUUAUGAAAUGUGCAUACAGUGGGCAGUCGCCAGUGGAAACAUCGUCGCUGAACUGAUCCUAGGAUGGGCGCGUAAAGCACAAAACUGCCGUUUGCAAAUGUUGCCUAUUCCAGCAGACCCGCUCGCUCUGCCAUUUACCUUAAAGUCGGAUCCGUUGCGCGGUCCAAUUUAUAUACCGCUGAAUGAAGAGCCCUUGUUGAGGGGAAAGAAUGCUUUAUUUGAAGGAUUCCCAGAAGAAACGUGGCCGGAGCGGCUGUUCUUAUUCCAAGAGGCAAUCGCGGGCCGCUUCGGGUUCACCAAAUGCACAGUGGAGAGUACGUCGCACGAGGGCGUGGGCGACCAGCUGUACGUGCACGUGACCGGCAACAUGUUCGUGCUCAUCCCCACCGCCGUCAAGUGCACCGAGCACCGCGCCCGCACCCGCCCGCCCAACAAGCCGCUCAAUGCCAACAGGUAUCCAGUACACUCGGAAGUAGCUCCCAGUCCACACAAAGGCUACAUAUCCUGGCAUGUUAGCGGCAAAAAUAAAGAUGACUAUGAUAACAGUAGAAGGAUGGGUUUUUUGUGGUCAUGGAAUCAUAUGAUUUCAAAAAAGUGGAAAUGGCUACAGCCGGCUACUGGUGAUGAGACGUUCCAAAUGAGGAUGCUGAGGGACUUCAAACAUUUCUGCGCGAAUCACGAACAAAGACUGAGCCAGUUCUGGGACCAGUGCUGGGAAUUGCAUGAGAAAGCUUCUGGAAUUAAAAGUUGUUGA